AUGGGUUGGAAAACUACCCAUUUCUGGGGUCCUAUGGCUAAUUGGGGUAUUGUUGCUGCUGGUGUAUUGGAUAUGACUACUCAAGGACCUGAUAUGAUAUCUAUACCUAUGACUGGUACUUUAUGUGUUUAUUCUCUAUUAUUCAUGCGUUUUGCAUAUAUGGUACAACCUAGGAAUUAUCUAUUGUUAUCCUGUCAUAUCUUCAAUGAGGGUGUCCAACUUAUCCAACUUGGUCGUGCUCUCAAGUACCAGAGCCAACAGAAGCUUCUAGCAGAUCAGCGUGCUCAGCAACAACAGCAAAUGAUGUCCAUCAAGGCUACUAUACCUGAGGAGUCGGCUAAUACCACUACCACCACGACCAAGAUGAUGAUGACCCCUUCUAUGACCAAUAACAAGUCAAUGUUUGCAGCUACUGCUGCUGGUGUUGCUGCUGCCAAAGCCACUAGUGACCUUGCCUCUAAGGCUACUACCACAGCUGCUGCUGAGACUGUUGUCAAGUCUGCUGCUGCUACUCCUGCUGCUAAGACAGCUCAAGCUGCUACUAAAGCUGCUAUUGAGGGUUCGUUCCAUCCCGUCCUAAAAUUGAGGUCUAAGAUAUGUGCUCUACCUAUGCCUGAAUUAUUAAGGAAGUUCUUUAUGCAUCCUGCUGGACCCUUUACCAUAUUCUUCUGGGCUCCUGCUAUCAAAUGGGGUAUAUCUGCCGCCAACUUAGUUGAUUAUAAGAGACCUGUUGAAAAGGUUAGUAUCCCUCAACAGCUUGCUUUAUUCGCCACUGGUGUUAUCUGGGCUCGUUGGUCAUUUGUUAUUACACCAAUUAACUACAAUUUAGCAACUGUUAACGUGUGUCUAGCCUCUACAGCAUUCUAUCAUUUGAUAAGAAAG